GUAAGUCAUAGAAACUUGUAGCCACUGCUGACUCAGUGACAGUUCGAAAGACUUCGCAGGUUUCUCGUGAGUUGUUAACGUUAGAGUUUGUCCCUUGCUAUUUGCCACUCAAGUUAAACGCAUUCUACCCUCUCCAUUACCCACAUUUCUCUGUACGUAGUUUCUACCUUCCAGGCCCCACCUUCGUUUUUCUUCUACCAAUUCUCCAAUUUGAAAAGUGGGUUCUCUGAAAAAUCUCGUCUUUUUGGGGCCCUUUUCACUUGAAUCUCCCCAGUUAUGAUUCCUCAACUUAUGGUGCAAAUUGUCUGAAAAGUUUGGUACUUUAUGAAAGUGAUUUAGCUCCUUUCUUCACGCAUACAAAAUACUCACUAGUCCCAAUUCCAUUGAGCAGAAAGGUAUCAAAUCCAAAAAGGUUUCUGAUUCCGUUGUUGAUUCACCAAUGGAUUCAACUUGUGCAAUCCUGAGUGGCCGCAAUCUAGCUAAAGUUUGUGAGGGAAUUGGAAGAAACAGAAGAAGUGGCUUCUGGGGUGAGAGUACGAGGCGAAGUGUGAACACAAGGUUUUUGAGUGUUCAAUCAUGGAAGACUUCACGUACCAGUAGGAAUCUUAGAAACUCCAAGCCUGGAAGUGGAAUUGCACACGCUGUUCUCACAUCAGACAUUAACGAAGAUUCGAUGGCAUUUCAAGGGGUACCCACUUUUGAAAAACCCGAAGUGGACCCAAAAAGUGUGGCUUCCAUCAUAUUGGGUGGAGGUGCAGGAACUCGACUCUUUCCUCUUACUGGCAGAAGAGCCAAGCCUGCGGUUCCAAUUGGCGGGUGUUAUAGACUCAUAGAUAUCCCCAUGAGCAAUUGCAUCAAUAGUGGCAUCAGAAAAAUAUUCAUUUUGACGCAGUUCAAUUCUUUCUCUCUCAACCGCCACCUGUCCCGUGCAUACAGCUUCGGAAAUGGAAUUACUUUUGGAGAUGGGUUUGUGGAGGUCUUGGCAGCUACUCAAACACCUGGAGAGGCCGGGAAGAAGUGGUUCCAAGGGACCGCCGAUGCUGUAAGACAAUUUAUAUGGGUUUUUGAGGAUGCCAAGAACAAGAAUGUUGAGCAUAUAUUGAUACUUUCUGGUGAUCAUCUUUACCGAAUGGACUACAUGAACUUUGUACAGAGACAUGUUGACACAAAUGCUGAUAUCACAGUUUCAUGUGUACCCAUGGAUGACAGUCGGGCAUCAGACUAUGGACUGAUGAAAAUUGACAAAACAGGACGGAUUAUACAGUUUGCAGAAAAACCUAAGGGAUCAGAUCUAAAGGCAAUGCGUGUUGACACCACUCUUCUAGGGUUAUCGCCACAAGAAGCAGAAAAAUAUCCUUAUAUUGCAUCCAUGGGUGUCUAUGUGUUUAGAACUGAAACCCUGCUGCAACUAUUAAGAUGGAAUGGUUCUUCAUGCAAUGACUUUGGAUCUGAAAUUAUCCCAUCUGCUGUGAAUGAGCACAAUGUCCAGGCAUAUUUGUUCAAUGACUACUGGGAAGAUAUUGGAACUAUAAAGUCCUUCUUUGAUGCAAAUCUUGCCCUAACAGAACAACCUCCUAAAUUUGAAUUCUAUGAUCCAAAGACUCCUUUCUUCACUUCCCCAAGAUUCCUACCACCUACCAAAGUAGAAAAAUGCAAGAUUGUGGAUGCAAUUAUAUCUCAUGGUUGCUUCUUGAGGGAGUGUAGCAUUCAACAUUCCAUUGUAGGAGUACGCUCACGUUUGGAGUCUGGUGUAGAGCUUCAGGAUACGAUGAUGAUGGGUGCCGACUACUAUCAAACUGAGUAUGAAAUUGCAUCUCUGCUGGCAGAAGGGAAGGUUCCAAUUGGUGUUGGGGAAAAUACUAAAAUUAGGAAUUGCAUAAUCGACAAGAAUGCCAAGAUAGGAAGAAAUGUGGUCAUAGAAAACAUCGAUGGUGUUCAAGAAGCUGACAGGGCAAAGGAAGGAUUCUACAUUAGAUCGGGCAUCACAAUUACAUUAAAAAAUGCAACAAUUAAAGAUGGAACAGUUAUAUGAAGCACUUCAAAUUAUCGUCAGCAGUCCAUUUUAUAAACAGUUUAGACAAAGUACAUUCACUUGCCGACAUAAUAGUGUAGAUGAAAUGCUAGUUCGUGCAUUACAAAGUUUCUCUCGAAAUAUCUCAAUAAUAAAUAGUUAUGUCUAUCGCAUUUGUAGAACACUUCACUUGGAAUACUUUGACGAAAAUAACAGGCAAUUCUUGCCACUAAGAUUAUUGGGACACUUCAUUCUGAAGAUUAAUCCACACGCAAAUAAGUUAUCAAUUAAA